AUGGUGGACACACAACAACGACACCGACAACCACCACCACCACAGCGACGACGACGACAAUGGCGGACGGGUGUGACCCUGGCGUGGGUGAGUCUCAGUCUCCCGUCCCGGGCCGCGUGGACUUCCCCCCGUCUACGUCGCGUACGACGGGCACUACCCACCUCUCUUUGUCCCCGCUAUACCCUAUUGUCAUCAUCAUCAUCAUCAUCGUUGCAAGCCGCCGAACAGUACAACUCAUCUCCCCCCAUCGAUCCGCCCGGUCCCUACCGUGGCGUCUUUCACGAGACACUCGUCUUUCCCACCCACCGUGAACUCCUGGCGUUGGCGUACGGCGAGUCCGUCUCCAGUGCACCCUUUGCCAUUCCCACCCACGACGGACCGAUCUACCGGUUUCGGGUCUCCGUCUAUCCCCGCGGCGGUGGACACGCCGGAUCCGCGGACCCGCGCGGCUGGGGACGAAAGCGUGGCCCGGAACGCGUCGGAGUGUAUUUGCAAUUCUUGCCGGAUGCAACGGACGAUACGGUCGAUGCGUCCUUUGUCUUUACUCUUCGGGGACGACAAGACCCGAAACCCUUUGACGUCGAAUGGCGGGCCGGAAUGCGGUUCGUCAGUCUCGAACGAUCCCGUUUGGCCCAGGGACGAGCCAACGACUUUGGUGCCCACCUAUUGUCCACAACCAUGCUCCGAGACUUGCUCGGGGGAGCCGACGAUGACCAUGACGGCACGACGUCGCCGUCCUUGCACAUUCGAGUUACCGUGUCCCUGCACGCGACGACCGUGCCCACUGCCGGCGUCGGGGAUUCUCGGCCGUGGGCGCCGACUCGUCUCCUCGACGACAUUCGGAAAAUCGACUCGGCGCCACCGUCCACCAACAAUAUUGCCACCACCACCAACGAACGGGUCCGGGUCGGUACCAUUGUAGUCCCCGUCCUCCAAAAGUUGGCGCAACGACCCCGCAUGUUUCAACAAGGCGCCUACCCCGGCGUCGAAUACCGUAUCCUGCGCAUCAUUGACCCGCACACCAACCGUGACCUCUUUUACAGUCAACCCGGUGCCGACUACGAACUCAAGCCGGUUUAUCCCCUUGUUCGGCAGCUCGAGCGCCCUUGGCCAGUCCGCGUCAACGAACGCGAUAUUCCCAAACUCCUCACCCCCACCAUGUACAAUACCGUAUCGGCCGUGGGAUCGCUACUCACCGCACUCACCGGCCUCCUCGUCGCAUUCGUGCUCUCCCAAGCCGUCUCGCUCUUUGUCAUUCCCAGUCUCAGCAUGGCCCCCACGCUCGCCAAAGGCGACGUCGUCCUCGUCGACAAACUCACCCCGCGCUUCUGGGGUCCCCGGACCAACAUUCCCGUCGGCGACGUGGUCUUUUUUCACCCUCCCGAACCUCUCCAAGACAUGGUCGUCCGCAGCACGGGCCGCCGCUUGGCCCCUCGCGAUUUGUUCGUCAAACGCGUCGCCGCCGGACCAGGGGACGUCCUCACGGUCGACCCUUCCGGUUCCGUCCGCGUCAACGGCGCGACGCCAGCCGUUGCCCGCGAAACCUGCGAAGCGGAACCCUUGCGCUUGAUCGAAGCCUAUCUGAAAAAGGCGUCGCCCGACAAUCCGGACGGGGCCAACGUACGGAUCGGACCGGGACAAGUCGCCGUCCUCGGGGAUUGUGCGUCCGUAUCGAUCGACUCGCGUGUCUGGGGACCACUCCCGCAAAACGAUAUUGUGGGCCGGCCCGUCGUGCGGCUAUGGCCCCCUUCGCGGUGGGGACCCGUCCCUGGACUUUUGCACGCACCGGAUGCAUUGUAG